GACCGGUUGCAUUUCCCAAGGCAACGGACGUGACGCGCAGGGCAGUUCCGCCGUGGCGCUCUACGUCCAGAUCUUUUUUUUUUUUUUUCGUGCCUCUUUUUUUUUCCUCAUGACGUCAGGGCAAGGGUGAACACGAAACAUGGCGGAGUGCCCCUUAGCCCGCUGUGCGCAAGAGCGACGCGCCUUUCGAAAGGAAUUUCAACGAUGGAGUCGGGAUAUGCUGUUUGUCAUCGGCUUGGAGCGCGUGGCCGAGGAAAUGAUGGGCUCCAAGCGAUGGAACCGGAUGACACAGCUCGAGAACGCCUUGGAGGAGCAGUUUCAGCUGGUCGACUGGGUGCCGGACCAAGUGUGCUACUUCUGCGACGCGCAGCGCUUGCCGGAGCCUACCGGACCACCGAGCGACUAUUCUAGCUUUAAGAGUUUCCAAAUGGAGCUUGACGAACAGUCGACAGGUUCUGAUCAGGCCUCAGGGUCGCCCGAGCCCCUGGACGCUGAGCAACCGUUGGACCUGAGCUUGCAUCCCAGGGCCACCAACGACGAGGAGGAGGAGCGCGGACGUUCUGCUCGGCCCGAGGGGGGCAAGCGGUCGUACACAGAGGCUGAACUUCAGGCAGCCCUGCGUGAUAUCCAGAGUGGCAAACUGGGCACACGCCGCGCUGCCGUAAUCUAUGGCAUUCCCCGCUCCACUCUACGCAACAAGGUUUACAAGCUUGCCCUGGAGCGACGCAGUGGCACAGCGGCCACCAGCAGCAGCGCCCCCGACUCACUGCGCCAGCUGCUGCGUACCCCGGCCAAGCCAUUGGAGCACAGCCCAGCCCUGGGGCCCCUCUUUGCCCAGUUCCUGUCCAGCAUUCAACAACUGGCGCUGCACCCCACGUCCGAGGAGCAGACACCCAAAGCACCUGCACUGCCUGUGGUGUCCGACCUAAUCCGGCUGCUGGCACAAGAGCGGCUGGCAGAUGCCCGCCGUCCAGCCCCUGCAGACGUCAUCCUCAAGGUGCCAUCGUACAGGCCAGCCGGGCCCUCCACUGCGGCUUCAAGCAGCUCAUCGGAGGCUGCUGUGCCACCCACUGAGGAGAAGCGCACACGGCCCAAGCGGGGCCGUUACCGCAACUAUGACCGCGACCACCUGAUCCAGGCAGUGCAUGCUGUGCAGCGGGGCGAGAUGAGCGUGCAUCGUGCAGGCACCUACUUCGGCGUUCCACACUCUACGCUCGAAUACAAGGUCAAGGAGCGCCACCUGCUGAGGCCCAAGAAGCGGCGUCAGCCAGACGGUCUGCUCGAGGCGCUUAUCAAGUCCACACUGGACAAGUGACCAGUGCCUGGCCGGAAAGCGUCCUUCAUGAUAAGCUAGUCUACUCUGUGAUGACCACGGCGAGAGAGUAUUUUAUAUGGGACUGCUGUUGAGCCAACUGUGAUGACGGCGCUUUCCGGAUCUCGUGCCUCGGGGCCCAGGGCCCCUGCCAAGUGCCUGCCCGGUGUACUUAGAAAAAGACUAUUUUUCCAUGCAGAGUAUUUUUCGCAUAAUUUAGGCUGGGCGGCCAGUGGACUUAACCGCACUGCCAUAUCGCGCCCAUUCCACACUUAGUGCAAAGCCUAUUUCACUUGGUCCCGCUGACCCUACACAGCGGCGGUCACGUUUGUUGUUGCUUUUUUAUCAUAUGUUUACUGUUUUGUUGAUUUGUUUUUUUUUUCUAUAUCUACAUGCCAGUGUAUUUUUGAGAUCCCGUAAGUGCGAGACUUAUGGCUGCUCUCAUUGGCAGACACCACUGUACAAAAAGGGAGGCCAAAUGGUCUAACAUUCCAUCUCCUUUAGUGGCCAAGUCUGUAUUCAGAAGAUGAUUAAACUAAGUGAUUUUUUUUCU